CGUGGUCGGUGUCUGAUCGUCACGUGACUGUUCGCCGAGGAUCAUGGGGCUCUGCAGUCAAACGCAUCUUGUUGUUUACUCUACGACGUUGUUCAUUGUUACGUGUGUUGCUCUCUACUAUUGCCUCGCAAAUGUUGGCUAUCGAUUCGACAUAGGAUGGUUCCUGACGUCCGUACCUCCUUACAUGUGGGCGAGUAUUGGAAUAGGAUUGAGCAUUUCACUGUCCGUAGUUGGAGCGGCUUGGGGCAUCUUUACAACCGGUGUCAGCAUUGUUGGUGGAGGGGUUCAUGCUCCUCGUAUUCGAACUAGGAAUCUUAUCAGCAUCAUCUUCUGUGAAGCAGUAGCAAUUUAUGGGAUAAUUCUUGCUAUUGUAUUGAGUCAGAAGAUGUCUGUAGUAAGCGAAAAGGCGUUUGAAGACAACACAGCCGAUUACAUAUUUGCUGGUUAUGCAAUAUUUGGCUCUGGCCUCACAGUUGGUUUCUCUAAUCUAGCAUGUGGAAUUUGUGUGGGAGUAGUUGGAAGUGGUGCAGCUCUUGCGGAUGCUCAGAAUGCUUCCUUAUUUGUGAAGAUAUUGAUUGUUGAGAUUUUUGGAAGUGCAAUUGGUUUGUUUGGAGUAAUAUGUGCUAUCAUUCAGAGCAACAAUGCCAGUUUCUAGUUCUUACACAUCUUAGUAUGACUAUAUUGAAUUAGCAGUCAUUUGCCAUGUGCAGAUAUUUGGGAAUUUGUUGUAGCACUAUCAUAGACUUGUAUAAACGUAUUGUGAGGUGAUGUAUUAUAGAUAUUUCGAGUUUUC